ACGAGCGGGUUCCGGUUUCUCUCGUCUUCCGCAAUCCUACCCAGUCGCCGCCGGCGGCGGCGGCCUGUGCGCCGCGAACCGAGCUGAGGACAACCAUUCCGCCGCCACCGGCCUCCGCGCGAAUCAACCGAGGAUAACCACGCCGCCUCCGCCGGCUUCCAACCAGAAAUUCGAUCCUUCUGUGAUUUGUGAACACAGUUUUGGGAAGCCAAUGCAGGCCGCCUCCACCACCACCACCGUCCGCACGCACACGCACACGAAUCCUCUGUCGGCCUCCUUCCUCCAGCUGCCUCCUCCUCGCCGCGUCAGCUUCCACGCUUCUCCGCGCCUGAGCCUGAGGGCGACUGCCAUGGCAGCCACGUCGCAGCAGCAGGAGGAGCAGCUGAUCAUCACGCGCCCCGACGACUGGCACCUCCACGUCCGUGAAGGCAGCGUCCUCGAGGCUGUGCUGCCACACAGCGCGAGGCAUUUUGGGAGGGCCAUCAUCAUGCCCAACUUGAAGCCUCCGGUGACCACGACGGCGCGCGCGCUGGAGUACAGGGAGGAGAUCAUGAAGGCGCUGCCACCCGGGAGUAGCUUUGAGCCACUCAUGACCCUUUACCUCACGGACAACACUAGCCCAGAGGAGAUCAAACUCGGAAGAAAGAGUGGUGUAGUCUUUGCUGUGAAGCUGUAUCCUGCCGGAGCAACUACCAAUUCCCAAGAUGGUGUCACUGAUAUUGGGAAAUGCAUGCCUGUCUUCGAGGAGAUGGUCAGACAGGAAAUGCCCUUGCUUGUUCAUGGAGAAGUCACGGAUCCGCAUGUUGACACAUUUGACCGUGAGAAGGUUUUCAUUGAUAGAAUAUUGGCACCACUUGUACAAAAACUUCCACAGCUGAAAAUAGUCAUGGAACAUAUCACAACUAUGGAUGCAGUGAACUUCAUAGAAUCAUGUGAAGAAGGUCAUGUUGCUGCGACAGUGACUCCCCAGCAUCUCCUCCUCAACAGGAACGCUUUAUUUCAGGGUGGCUUGCAGCCACACAAUUACUGCUUGCCAGUACUGAAAAGAGAGACUCAUAGACAAGCUAUUCUAUCUGCUGUAACAAGUGGGAGUAAACGGUACUUUCUUGGCACUGACAGUGCUCCCCAUGAUAAACGGAACAAAGAACGUUACUGUGGAUGUGCAGGAAUAUACAGUGCUCCUGUUGCCUUGUCCCUUUACGCGAAGGUAUUUGAAGAGGCUGGUGCCCUAGAUAAGUUAGAAGCAUUUACGAGCUUCAAUGGCCCUGAUUUUUAUGGCCUCCCAAGGAACACUUCAAAGAUUGUCCUGAAAAAGAGUGCCUGGAAGGUUCCUGCAACCUAUACAUACAGUUCAGGGGAGAUUGUGCCCAUGUUUACCGGCUGCACCCUUAAAUGGCUUCCAUCUGAUCAGACCGAAGAAUAAACAAUAUUGUUUACUUGGGAAAAUCAAUUCCAUUUGUUUCCCCCUUUCUGUUAGAAUCAGCAUAGCAAACUACGUUGAAUUCUUCAAGGCUAGUUUAGCGAGAAUAACAUAUUGAAAGCAACGGCGAAAUGUUUGCUUGUUGAGCUGUUAUAUUAUAUCCUUUUGGGAUUGCAGACUUCGUAA